AUGGCCUCCGUACACUAUGAUAUCCCCCUUGAUUUCCUCCCAGACAACGACGGGGUGAUAGAUCAUCACAGCCCACUAGAGCAGCUUGAGCCCGAUGCAACGCUUUGCCAUCCGAUCGUAAGAUCGGUAGGUGAUAUGAUUCCGUUCGUACACUGUACACGGCCCUCCAUACGACACCUUUCCUGGGCCAGCUCAGCUCUGAGGUCGACCGAGCAAGUUGUCGGCGUUCAUGAUCAUCUCCUACCGUACCUGGCAUUGCCCACGUUAUAUUUCUGUUGCCAGUGUGGUGACGGCCCGAAGCUUUGGGAUCGCCAGCCAAGUUUCCUGUAUGGGCAACAUGCUCGCAUUAGGACGGUGUUAGCAACCUGGUCUCAGGGUCAGGCCUCGCAAGUACCUUAG